AUGUCUCAAUUAUACUUGCAAUCAGCUAAUCAGACUUUGUGUGCAUCUGUGGAUGGUACAGAACUGGAGUCAAGCUCUGGUAAUGAAAGCACAAAUGAAAAAUGGACUGAAGACUCCUUUCCGGGAUUAGAAAUAUUGUGCACAAUUUAUGUUACAUAUGCUGUGAUCAUUUCAGUGGGUCUCCUUGGAAAUGCAAUACUCAUCAAAGUUUUUUUCAAGAUUAAAUCGAUGCAGACGGUUCCCAACAUCUUCAUCACCAGCCUGGCAUUCGGAGACCUGCUGCUUUUGUUAACGUGUGUGCCUGUAGAUGCAACCCGUUACGUUGUGGAUACCUGGCUCUUUGGAAGAAUUGGGUGCAAGCUGCUGUCUUUUAUCCAGUUAACAUCAGUUGGAGUAUCAGUGUUUACCCUGACUGUUCUCAGUGCUGACAGGUACAGAGCCAUUGUUAAACCCUUGGAACUGCAGACUUCAGAUGCGCUCCUGAAGACCUGCUGUAAAGCGGGCUGUGUUUGGAUUAUCUCCAUGAUAUUUGCUGUCCCAGAGGCUGUUUUUUCAGAUUUAUAUUCUUUCAGCAACCCUGAGAGAAACGUAACUUUUGAGGCGUGUGCCCCCUAUCCUGUAUCUGAGAAGAUCCUGCAGGAAGCUCACUCCCUGGUUUGCUUCUUAGUGUUCUAUGUUGUGCCCUUAGCUGUCAUUUCUGUCUACUACUUUCUUAUCGCCAGAACUUUAUAUAAAAGUACAUCCAACAUGCCAGCAGAAGAACACUCUCAUGCCCGUAAGCAGAUUGAAUCCCGCAAGAGAGUUGCAAAGACAGUGCUGGUGCUUGUGGCUCUGUUUGCCUUCUGCUGGCUGCCCAACCACAUCCUCUAUCUCUACCGCUCUUUCACAUACCACACUUCUGUCAAUGCUUCCACCUUUCAUCUGAUAGCAACUAUUUUUUCCCGCGCCUUGGCCUUCAGCAAUUCCUGCGUCAACCCUUUUGCUCUUUAUUGGCUGAGUAAAAGUUUCCGGCAACAUUUCAAAAAGCAAAUCUCAUGCUGCAAGGCAGCAUUCUGUGCAAAGCCUCCCAGUGCUCCCCAGAGCAGUUCUCCUACCAGAGCCCUGUCAGUCACAGGCAGCAUGCAUGGCUCAGAAAUCAGUGUUACACUGCUAACAGAUUAUAGCAUCACAAAAGAAGAGGAGAGUGUUUAG